GCGGUGUACGCGGGCAGGCGCACAGCAGUGCCAUGCGUCGCUGCGUGCCACCCGCCGCCACUCACACGCCGACCACCACCUCUCCUGCAAACACCGCGCUCCUCUCUCCCUCCACACACCUCCCUCCUCUCCUCGCCGUCACCUGCACCCACACCCUCGCCAGUGCCGGCCGGUGCCACGGCGCCACACACCCACUCUCUAACAAGUUAAUAUUGAUUAUGUGGUGAGGGUUGAGGAUAAGAUGGAUCCUGGGCAGCAGUUUUGUUUACGUUGGAACAACUACCAGUCAACGCUACAGCAUGUUUUCCACAAGCUCUGGAUAGCAGGAACAUUUGUGGAUGUUACUUUGGUGGUGGAGGGUCGAAGGAUAGACUGCCACAAGGUGGUGCUCUCGGCAUGUUCUUCAUACUUUGAACACAUCUUACGGGAUCACAGCAGCCAUCCACAUCCACUAAUAUUGCUGCAUGAUCUGCCUUACACAGCAGUGGAGGCUCUUGUCACAUUUAUGUAUAGGGGGGAGGUUAAUGUAAGCCAGGAGCAACUAGCAGCUCUUUUAAAAGUUGCAGAAACUCUCAGGGUUAAAGGGUUGGCAGACUCUAAUGCCAUUAGCAGUUUCACAAAACGCCAGAUACUUGAAAGAUGCAUCCCUCUUUUGGAACAUGCCCCUGGAAAUAUCUCAAUACCUAAUCAAAUAAACACAAUAGGUGCAAUAACUGUACCAACCACAGCUAUUAAUCAACCUAGAAUGACGACUAGCAGAGGCGGUAUCAGCACAGGUAGAACUGGAUCAGGAGUGUUCAGGAAUAUAGCUUGUGGGAGUGUCAAGAGAGCAGAGGGGAAUAACACACACCUUGGGCCACAGAAGAAGAGGCCACGUCCGGAAGAAAACCCAGCCAUCUUGCCGUUGACACCACCUACCUCUCUGAGUGACCCGCAUCCAACUGAAACUUCUCAACCCUCACCAGUAGUUGCAACAAUACCACCCGAGAUGUUGAAGCAAGAAGCUGCUGAUGAAACGGAUGGAGAACUUCAGAUAGACGAAUCUGUUGGCCAGUCACCAAUGAAUUCCGUAGAAUAUGACUCAAAUUCCAUAGGUCCAGUUGAAGGUGAAACAGAGGAAGACGAGUUGUGUCACGGUAUGUCACAUGAAAUGCAUUCGGCUAUUCAGCAGGAUGUGCAGACAACUAUAACGCCUGACAUUCAAUCUAAUGUGAAGCAAGAAGUUCAUGAUCCCUCUCAUCCAUUUCAGCAAAUAAAUCAACCCACUGUUGAUAAUAUAUUGACUAAGGAACGAACUGGCGGUGGUGUUGGAAAAUCAUGUGAGAGAACUUACACACAUUUGGAUCUCGAGGAAGGCAUUGAAGCAGUCCUUUUAGGUCACCUGACUCCAGCCAAAGCCAUAGCACAAUACCGUAUUCCUCGCAGGACCUUUUUCCGGAGACUGUCUGCAGUGCGAAAAAGCCGAGGAAUUCCAUCUGCAAAGGAAAAUGCGGCUGAUCACUUUCUCACUGCAGCUUCAGCAGUUGGCGAUACGACCACUCAGUUGAUCAUUCCUGUUUCUGACUCUGAACCUUAUGCUGCAACAUUUAAGAUAAAGUCAGAAAAACCUGUCCUGAUAGCACCAAAAGAAAUUAAGAUUAAAUGCAAAAAAGGGGAUGGUGUAAUGGCUCCAAAUAACACUUACUUUUCAUUGCUCAACUUAGCAGCAACAAAUAACUAUGAUGCUUACCUAAAUUAUCUUAAACUUGUUGCACAACAGGGUGACACUGCCAAUCCUGAAGAGGUCCUUGAGGCAAUACGAAAAGGUCAGGUAAAGGAAGUAAAACCAGCUGUGGAUGAUAAUAGAAAUGUUUCCGAGGCAGCCUUGGCCCUUGUUGCUCACAAUGUCCCUGCUGACUAGCAAUGCACGAUAUCUGAACACUUAGAUUAAAGUAAGAAGGAAAAUUUCCACCUUGGGUUUUGUUUAGAGCCCAGUGCCAAUUGCAACUAACCAUUCCAUUCGACAUUCCAUUAGGUUUAAGUUUUUUGUACAUAAAUAUUGUAUAUUUAAAUGGAUGGGGACUUAGUUGAUAUCCUUUAGCCAAAGCAUAUCUCCCUAAUUUUGAUACAGGCAUUUUUUUUCUAAAUGACUUGAACAGAAUCUCAGUAUUAUGUGCUUAUUUUUGGCUUGAAAAAACACUUGUAGACCUUUUUGAUACUUUUACAAAUAGGGGCACAAAUUAAUGUGAAGGCUAUGCCAAAUUUUGUAUGCCCUGAUCAUUAAAUGCAUAAUUUACUCUUCAUAUUUAUGUAAUAAUGUUUCUGACCUGUCGGAAAAGGGAUGUUGUCAGACCUCAUAAUUGACAUUUGAACAAUAUAGCCAUUUGAAGGUGGGAGGUUUGAUAUUUUUUUAACAUUGAAGUCUCAAAAGCUGUGAUAACAUUUGGUACUUUUUUUUAUUUUUACUAAUAAUCAUACUCAAUUUGCACAUUUUGGCCUUCUCAAGUUGCUCUCUGCUUCUAUGAACUGUCUUCAUCAGUGAUGGGGUGAUGUUUGUGUACAGUAUAUCCUUCAUCUCUCAACACCUGAUAUUUAUUAGUCAAUGUAAUAGAAGUAUACUUGGCUUACUUUGUUUCAAGUGGUGGCGGACUUAAUAUUUUGUGUGUUUUCCUUGUGCAAGGCAAUUCUUGUUUAAUGUAAUCUAUCCAUUUAUUUUUCCUCCUAGGUUUGUUGUAGCAUGUGAAGCAUGUUUACUCUUUACUUCUUCACGGGGUUACCUCUUUGGUGUUGGUCUUAUUAAUAAACAGACUUGUUUAAACUUAUAAUUUCUCUUUUAAUUAAAUGGGUGCUCUUAGACUGGGUUUCAGUCUUGUGUUCAACAAAGAACUGCCUUGAUCUUUCUUGGUUGUGGGGCUCACUUGUACCUGUAGUUGCUCAGCUAUUCCUUAGAUGUAGACAAAUAGUGUAGUAAAUAUAAUUUUGAAGGCAUUGUUGGUCAGUGAUUUUUUAAAUGCCACUUAUCAGCCCAACAAUGGUGGCACAUAGUGAAGUGAUGGUUGGGUUAGUGCCUCAGAUUUUGUGGUUUAUCUUGUCUUGUAUUUCAACUUCCUGACCACUUUUUGCCUAUUGUAUGAGCUGUGGAAAGCUCUUGUUCCUAUAGUAAAUAUUAUUAGUCAUUAUAUAUGUACAGUACUCUUGAAUAUUCAUGGUACAACACUGCUGGUGUUGCUGUCACUCCUAGCUAUGACCCAGGGAAAUGUGCUUUAGUUCCAUAACCAUGGAGUGUCUCAUGGUUUUAUAACCCUAAGAAAUCCGUCAUAGUUCUGUGACCCAAGGCAUGUCAUAGUUCGGUGAUCCAGAGAUUGCCAUAGCUAGGAGACAUGACAGCUGUAAUUCAAUGUUUUCUUCAUUCAAGACAGUGUGAUGAUGCAACUUGACAUGGCUGUGAUGUAUGCAUUCAAAAUGCUCCAUCUCCUGUUCUUUACAUGUAUUGCUAAGGAAAUUCAUAAGUCAGUUAAAAGAUAAUAUUUUGCACAGUAAAUAGUACCAUUGUGUUUAAGUAAACCAACUCCUGCAAAGUACUAGUAUAGUGAACCUGAAUGAUUGUUGUUCAAGACAAUGUUUGUGUAACCAUUAAUAUUGAUUAUGAAACCUUGAAGCUAAUACAUUUACUCUUGUUAAUUUUACUGUUGUGGAUGAUUAAUACAGGUUACACAGUUGCUGGAUGAUCAGGUGUGUUGGUUAUGCAAAUACGGUUUGCAACAGUUAUUUUCUUGCUCAUCUGUUAGAUUCACUCAUUAGAUAACAAAAUGGCAGCUUUUUGAGGAAGUGCAAAUAACCUCUUUCAUUUAAUGUAUUAAAACAAUGGCAUUAUUAAGUUAAGUUAAAAAUUAGCGAUCUCAUGUAUUUACAUUUUAUGCCUAAGAGUACUGUGUGUUAGUGGCAUCUGUCUUUUGCUUAGCACUAUCAUGGUACCUGUUUUAGCUGGUGGCCAUAUGUAUUGCUAAUUACAAGUUGUAAUUAUUACUUUCUAACAUUUUUGGGCUAUCAGCUAUGUUUGAAAAAAUGUGAUGUGUAUGUUUUCUGCAUGUUUUUUGAUAAAAGGGCAUUGAAUGUUUGUAAUUAUUUUGUAAUAUUUUAUGUAUAGUGAAAAUGCAAAUUCACUGUACUACUCCCUGCCACCAGUCAUGGCUGGGACAGACUAUGCCCUGAAAAAGUAACUUUGCUUUUUGUGUAUGCAAGAGUCUGUAUUGUGUCAUUAAGUGAUUUUUGUAUAAUAUUUUGCUUUGUCGCUCUCAGUUGAAAAUAUUAUGAUCUGGUAUGUACUUAAAGAUCUGAAGAAAACUGUGAUAAAAGGUAGCUUUUCUACGCUUGAACACAUUCCAUGUUAUCCUUUUUGGAGAAACAAAAUGCACCAUUCCAUACCCUGUGAUAAUACUUGUGUCUUGUAUUUUGUCUGGCAUUUCCAUAGGGUUAUUUGUGUAGUCCCGGAGCAUGAGCAGUGAAAUGGAUAACAAGUUGAGGGACUUGCCAAACUUAAAAUUCUAUGACAAAAAACUAUAUAUUUAAUUGUAUAAGAAAGAUUCCCUUGAUUUUGGAUUCCAGAUAUUGUUAUCUGCAAAAGUGCUCUCCAGUGGACAAAAUCAGUUUACUUUUAUACAAAAAUAAUUGGCCAGAAGCUGAAGUACUUCCAUGUGUCACAGGGACUAAUCUGUAGACUCCUAUUGUUAGAUUUCUUGUAUUUUUCUACAAGUUUCUAAAUAAGAUUUUUCAAUAAAAUAUUUCUAAAA